CGCCGCCACCGCUCCUCCUUCCAUCGGGCGCUACACCGCGCGGGGCUAAACGGCCUUCCGGGACGCCGCCCGCCGCGAGGAGUUUGCUGUGCCCCAGCGCCGCGAGCCCCGGUGACUCGCCCUCGCUCUACCCAGAAACCUUCCGCCUGAGCCCGCGCGGGAGGAGCGGGGCCUCUGAGGGGAGCGGCUACCCCGCCGGCCCCGGUCUCUUUCCCUGGCGGCGGUGGCUUCUUCUGUAGGACAAUAUGUUCAAGAGAAUGGCCGAAUUUGGGCCUGACUCCGGCGGGAGAGUGAAGGGGGUUACUAUCGUUAAACCAAUAGUUUAUGGUAAUGUUGCUCGAUAUUUCGGGAAAAAGAGAGAAGAGGAUGGGCACACCCAUCAGUGGACAGUGUAUGUCAAACCGUAUAGAAAUGAGGAUAUGUCAGCAUAUGUGAAGAAAAUCCAAUUUAAAUUACAUGAAAGCUAUGGCAAUCCUUUAAGAGUUGUUACUAAGCCUCCAUAUGAAAUUACUGAAACAGGAUGGGGUGAAUUUGAAAUAAUCAUCAAAAUAUUUUUCAUUGAUCCUAAUGAAAGACCUGUGACCCUCUAUCAUUUAUUAAAGCUGUUUCAGUCAGACACCAAUGCAAUGCUGGGAAAAAAGACAGUGGUUUCAGAGUUCUAUGAUGAAAUGAUAUUUCAAGACCCAACAGCAAUGAUGCAACAAUUAUUAACAACAUCUCGCCAGCUAACGUUAGGAGCCUAUAAGCAUGAAACAGAAUCGCAUGCUCAACAGACUGCUGCAAUGACUCCUGGGAGCAUGUGCCCAUGUCCUGAUGGCCGUCUGUGGUUCCCAGGCUGUAGCCUUUGGAGUGUCCAAAUGCGGUCUAUAGUCAAGUUGUGAGUCAAGGUGUAACUGAACCUAAGAUCUCCCCUGUUGGGCAGAGUCAGAAAGGCUUUCAUGGCAAACUGAAAAUAAAUUUGUAAGUUAAAAAAUUAGUUUACACACAUCCUCCAUUUCAACCAGUAGAACCUUCAUGCUGUUCCUCAAAUGUACUACCCUGCACUCUCCUGCUAUUACAUCUUCCAUCUUCUUCCUUUGUUAAAAUAUUUCCUUUCUUCCAGGCCCAAAUUUCCCUCUCCCUCCUCCCAACUAAGCUCACUUCCUCUGACCCAUCAUAGUAUCUUGUUUGCCUCUCUUUUGUGUUGUUAUUCAUCCUGCUGUGAAAGUAUGAUAUACUUCUAUUACCGUCCUUCACACUUUUUUUCACUCUUGGCAAAAGAGGGCAGUUGGUUUUGUUUAUCUUGAUAAUAUAUAUAAAGCACUUGACAUGCCUAGCAUACAGGAAGUGCUCAAUAAAGGAUCACUGGCCUUUUAGUGUUCUCUGUCACUUAACUUUUAGGACCUGCCCGGGGUCUAUUCCACACUAGGGCACAAUUCUAGUUGCAGAUCUUGACUUUUUCUUCAUCUACUCUAGCCUGUCCCAGUGCUAGGCACAGAGUCUUGCCCAGCUGUGCCCCAAGAUAUCACAAGCACAAAUAAGCCAAAGGUGAAAACUGGCUUUGGCCUGGAAUGUACCAUUCAUGUGGGUCUACUUAUGCUGAGAUUGUUUCUGUACUUAAGACUUUGGAAAAUUAGACAAAAUUUAUAGUGUGUUUUUAUUGAGUUUGAUGACCAGAACUAAGCUAUUUUUAUCUCUCUAAGAGCAAUCUAAAGUGUCAGGACUGCCCUGUCCAGUCUUCUAUGGUAGAGGUCUGCAAACAUUAUCCAAAAGGGCCAGAUAGUAUUUUAGGCCUUGGGGGCUAUACAUUCUCUGUCACUGCUGCUCAAUUCUGCAAUUGUAACAUGAAAUCGGCCGUCCCUAAACAAAUAGCACUGUGUUCCAACGAAAAUGCAUUUAAUGACACGGAGAUUUGAAUUUCGUAAAAUUUCCACAUCAUAAAAUAUUUUCCUUUGUUUGAUUUUUUUUUCCAAGCACUGAGAACAUUAACAAACAAACAAACAAACAAAACCAUCCUUAGUUCCCAGGCCAUGGGAAAGCAGGCUGAGGGCCACAUACAGCCCCAGAGCCACAGUCUGCUUAUUCUUGGGUUUCCAAGACUAGGAAUGUACAAGAAUCGCCAACCCCAAGAGGGAGCUCUAGGAUUUGCUCUGUGAAUUCAAAGUAAAAACCCGAGUUUGGGCCUUUGUCAAUGUUCUGAGCCCACUUAGGUUAGCCCAAGUUACCCCAUACAAAAGAGAUUUGCAAAAGAACCGUGAAGCUUAAGCACAAUGACUCAUUUCUUCUGUUUAAUCUUACCGAGGCUUGUCACCUCCCUGCUUCAUGAGUAGCUGCAAAGGCAUUCAGUCUGAGGAAUUCAUUUCCUAACCUCCUAAACUGACUGCAGUUCGGUUUCUUCCUUCACUCUGAUGCCCUCAUCAUCAGAGACCUUGAGGCCAUAUCCAACUGGGCAUUUUCAGGGUUUAUCUUAUCUAACUGAAUUGACCACUUUCUUUUCCUAGAAACUUCCUCUCUCUUUCUUCUCUGCCCUCCUCUUUCUGUGAUUUUUUUCUGUUUGUUUUUUCACCAGUCCUUUUGGCCAAUUUUUCUGUUUCCUUUAGUGUUCCUUCUUUCCCUUUGUUAAUCCUAUAAAUAUUUUCUAUUCUCUAUGGUUCUAUCUUGAACCAGCGUAUUUUUUUUUCUUACUUACCCCUGGCUGCAAAUACUGUUUGUAUGCUAAUUGUCCCAAGCCAGGAUAUCCAGCCCAAAUUCCCAUGCUAAACUCUGGACUGUACAUUCAUCUAUCUCCUUGACAAUAGGUUUAGAUGUUCUAUGAGCAUCUCAGUUGAACAUGUCCAAAAUUUAAGUUAUUGUCCUCUAUUCUGAUCUUCUCACCAUCACAAAUUCCCUACCUUGGUAAAUGGCAUCAGUACCCAUCCAUCUUGCCAUAUUGUCAGUAGUAGAUAGGAUCUCCCCAACCUAGGCUCCUCUGGUUGAGAACUACAAUCACCAUUCACAGAGGUGAAUUCUGUGGCCCUUCCCCCUGGCCAGACAUGAUUAUAUUUGGGUGGAUGCUUAACCCAAUCUGGAUGAAUCAGAUUAUCUCCUGGGAUUAUUCUCAGCCAUUAUUGGUACUUGAACUACAGAUGAUGCAGCUGUAUGCCUGGAGAAUAGAGAAUUGGUCUAUAGAGAGAGAUUGAAAUUGAUGCACAAAGAAAAGAAGAGUAGAAGAAAUGGCCUCAGAUAGAAUUAUCUUGACCCUGCCAUCCCAACUUCCCAUUUGCCUGUGCCUUGCCUAUAGGGCUGCCUCUGUCCUUGAGUCACCACCCUCUAGUAUAAAAUAGCUUGCUUCUAACCUCUUGUACUUAAUUACUAUAUUAAAUUUUCUCUUUUGAAUUACCUAACAUGAAUUUUGCAUCCCUGUCUGGACCCUGACUAAUGUAAAUAUCUUUGCAAAUAAGCACAGAAUGUUGACAGCAUUUACUUUAAGAGCUAUUUAUUUAUGUUUCACUGUACAAAUCUCCACCAUUUACUUCAUCAUUUGGCAAUUGAUGAAAACUUGUUUCCAAGUUUUUUGCUACUACAGUUAGUUCUGUAAUGAACAUCUUUGCAUAUAUAUGUAUUUUUAUAGGGCAAAGUAAAAUUGCUAGAAGUAAUAUUUCUAGGUCAAAAAGGGGGAUAUGCAUUUUUUAAUUUUAAUAUUAUUCCCAAAUUUCUCCCAAAAGUUUGCACCAAUUUGUACUAUUGACAAUUGUACAUUAGAGUGCCUGUUUACACUCCUGGCCAACUUUUUGUCGAUCUCACAGGUGAAAAAUAUUCCAUUGUUUGGAUUUGCUUUUCUCUGCAUUCUGAAUGAAAAUAAGUAUCUUUUCAUACGCUUACUGGCUCUUUGUAUUUCUUUUUCUGUGAACUGCCAUGUAACAGGUUUUAUUUUUUGCUCUGUUUUACUAAAUAUUAUAUAGCAUGAACUUUAUCUGAAACAAUAAUAAAACUGACACCAUCAAUAAAGACUGCAUAUUAUUUCAUUCUGAUUAUACCAUAAUUAUUCUUUUAUUAUUAGAUAUUUAGAUUGUCCCCAAUUUUUUUCAUAACAUUUAUAAGUUCUUGGAUAAGGAGUUAUGAGGACAUAAGGGUGUGUGUGUGUGUGUGUGUGUGUGUGUAUGUUUAAGGCUUUUGCCAAUUGCCAAUUGCCCAAUGGAAAGUCCAUCCCAGUUUGCAUUCCCACCAGCAGAUUGUGAGUGUGCCCAUUUCCCCAUACAAAAGUAUUCAGCCAAGAGGUAAUUUCUGGAGUUUGUGUCAUGAACUGCCCAUGCAAAAUGAUCUGCAGCCCAAGUGGUCAGUCUCCAGAAUUGCAGGUUUGAGGCUCCAGCAUGAGCAGAUUCCUUUAUCCAUCACUGUGAAGUUAAAACUACAGACCAGUCCUUUUCAAUAUGUUCUCAUUCAUCCCACAACAAUUUAUUGAACAUCUAUUGUGCUGGGAGGCUUUUUUCUUGUCCUGGAGGUCUCCCAUCAAAAAGGGUGAGCCACAGUUACACAUAAUUAAAAAUAUCAUAGUAUUGAGAAAAUGCUUGGGUGUUGGAGAAAGCCCAUCACAGACUUGUGGAACUUGGGCAGGGUGCUUAACUUCUCCAAACUUCAGUUUUCUUUUGCAUACAGUUGACAUCAUGAAACUGAUCAGAGGAUGGUGUUAAAAGGCCUGAGUGCCUGGCACAUGUAGGUAUUCGCAUAGGGAGUAAAAAUGUGGGCUCUGGAGUUGGGCUACAUGGUUUGAAUCUUGGCUCCAUUGCUGACUGGCUUUGUGACCUCAGGCAAAUUAUUAAACCUCUGUGCCUUCCUUCCUCAAUUUAAAGUGGGCAGAAACAUACUUACCUCAUACUGUCAUUGAGAAGAUCAAAUGAGAUGAUACAUGUAAAGUACUUAGAUAGUACCUAGACCUACUAAGUACUCAAUUAAUAUGUUAUUUUUUAAACAGCUUUAUUGAAGUAUAAUGUACAUACAGACAUAUUUCAUUUUAUUGUACUUCACAGAUACUGUGUUUGUUAUAAAUUGAAAGUUUAAGACUUCAGUGGAGGAAGAAACUGCAGAUGUGGUAGAAACAGUUAAGAGAACUAGAGUGAGAAGUGGAGCCUGAAGAUGGACUGAGUUGUUGUAAUCUUAUGAUAAAACUUGAACACAUGAGGAGUUGCUUCUUACAGAUGAGCAAAGAAAGUGCUCUCUUUUUUUUUUUUUUAGUUUUUUUUUUUUUUUUAAUGUUUAUUUAUUUUUGAGAAAGAGAGAGAGAGACAGAGCAUAAGCUGGGGAGGAGCAGAGAGAGAGGAAAACACAGAAUCCGAAGCAGGCUCCAGGCUCUGAGCUGUCAGCACAGAGCCCAACACAGGGCUCGAACCUACAAACUGUGAGAUUUUGACCUGAGCCGAAGUCGGAUGCCUAACCGACUGAACCACCCAGGCACCCUGAAAGUGGUGGAAUCUACUCCUGGUGAAGAUGCUGUGAAGAUUGUUGAAAUGAAGCAAAGGAUUUGGAAUAUUAUAUAAACUUAGUUGAUGCUGUCAAACAGCAUCACGUGCUACAGAGAAAUCAUUUGUGAAGAGUUGAUUGAUGCGGCAGACUUCAUU